ACCCAAUCACUCAUCUCAACGUGGUGUCAUUCUCUUCCAAUACCCAAUUACUCUCUAUAUCUUCUUCCACUCUCCGAUUUGUGGAAGAAGAAGAAGAAGAAGAAGAAGAAGAAACCAUGGGCAUGUCCAUACCCAUAUUGGUCUCCUACUUGUUGUUUGUCUCUCUAACCUCUGCAACUUCCUCAGUUCCCUCUGAAUCGAUUGAUCUUCCAAACUCCUUCAUCAUCCACGUCUCCAAAUCUCACAAACCCACCUCCUUCAUCUCCCAUCGACGCUGGUACUCCUCAAUCCUCGAUUCCGUAUCUGCAUCCUCUUCCCACAUCCUCUACACCUACGACCGCGCCAUCAAUGGCUUCUCCGCCCGUCUCAACGCCUCCCAAGCCGCCGACCUCCGCCGCGUCCCCGGCAUCCUCUCCGUCCUCCCUGACCGUCUCCACCACAUCCACACCACUCACACCCCUCGCUUCCUCGGCCUCACCGACUCCUUCGGCCUCUGGCCUAACUCCGAUUACGCCGACGACGUUAUCAUCGGGGUUCUCGAUACCGGAAUUUGGCCGGAGCGGGAGAGUUUCUCCGACGAGGGACUGUCUCCGGUUCCCUCCACUUGGAAAGGGAAAUGUAACACGGCAUCGGACUUCCCUGCAUCGUCAUGUAAUCGGAAAAUUAUUGGUGCGAGAGCUUAUUUCAGAGGAUACGAAGCUUCGAUUGGGAAACCAAUGGAUGAAUCUGCAGAAUCGAAGUCGCCGAGAGAUACAGAAGGGCAUGGGACUCAUACAGCUUCUACAGCUGCCGGAUCGGUGGUUGCGAACGCUGGAUUCUUUGAAUACGCGAGAGGUGAAGCUCGAGGCAUGGCGGUGAAAGCGAGAAUCGCUGCUUACAAGAUCUGUUGGAGCGUAGGUUGUUACGAAUCGGAUAUACUCGCAGCGAUGGAUCAAGCGAUCUUCGAUGGCGUUCAUGUAAUCUCUCUCUCCGUCGGAGCUAACGGUAGAGCGCCGGAGUAUUAUCGUGACUCCAUCGCGAUUGGUGCGUUCGGAGCUGCUCAACACGGAAUUCUCGUGUCUUGCUCCGCAGGGAAUUCCGGUCCCGAUCCCUACACCGCCGUCAACAUCGCUCCAUGGAUUCUCACCGUCGGAGCUUCGACGAUCGAUAGGGAGUUUCCGGCGGAUGUGAUUCUCGGCGAUGGUAGGAUCUACGGCGGCGUAUCACUCUACUCCGGCGAUUCACUCGGAGAUUCGAAGCUUCCUUUGGUUUAUGCUGCCGAUUGUGGAAAUCGAUACUGUUACUCAGGAAAGCUCAAUUCUACAGAAGUCGCCGGGAAGAUUGUUGUCUGCGAUCGCGGCGGCAACGCAAGAGUUGCGAAAGGAAGUGCCGUGAAACUCGCCGGCGGUGUCGGAAUGAUAAUGGCGAACACGGAAGAGAGCGGCGAAGAGCUCAUCGCCGAUUCGCAUCUCGUCCCGGCGACUAUGGUUGGGCAGAUCGCCGGCGAUAAGAUCAGAGACUACGUCAAAUCUGAUCCGUCGCCUACGGCGGCGAUAGUCUUCAAAGGGACGGUGAUCGGAACUUCUCCGCCAGCACCUAGGGUUGCGGCGUUCUCGAGCCGCGGUCCGAACCGUCUCACGCAAGAGAUUCUCAAACCCGACGUCAUAGCUCCUGGAGUCAACAUCUUGGCGGGUUGGACCGGGUAUACAAGCCCCACAGAUUUGGAUAUCGACCCGAGAAGAGUGGACUUUAAUAUCAUCUCGGGUACAUCCAUGUCGUGCCCGCAUGCAAGCGGGUUGGCGGCUUUGCUCCGGAAAGCCUACCCGGAAUGGAGCCCAGCCGCAAUCAAGUCGGCCCUUAUGACCACGGCUUACAAUUUGGACAACAAUGGCCGUAAUAUUACGGACCUUGCCACUGGAGACGAAUCAACACCGUUCAUACAUGGUGCUGGACACGUGGACCCCAACAGAGCCCUACAUCCUGGUUUAAUCUAUGACAUUGAUGGUACCGAUUACGUGGCGUUCCUCUGCGCCAUUGGAUACGAUUCGAAGAAAAUAUCAAUUUUUGUGAAUGAUCCGGUGGAUUGCGGAGCACAGAGUUUUUCUAGUCCUGGUGAUCUGAACUAUCCAUCUUUCUCAAUCGCGUUUGAUUCGAUGAAAAGUGUAAUUAAGCACAAAAGAGUGGUGAAAAAUGUUGGGGGUGAUGUGGAUGCUAUUUAUGAAGUGAAAGUGAAUGCUCCACCGUUGGUUGAGAUCAGUGUUUCACCGAGCAAGCUUGUGUUCGAUGUAGAGAAUCAGAGCUUGCCCUAUGAGAUCACAUUCACCAGUAGUGUGGCGUUGGAUAAGAUUUAUGUUGCCGCGGCUUCACAAGGAUUUGGGUCCAUUCAGUGGACCGAUGGGGCCCAUCGAGUGAGGAGCCCAAUAGCUGUCAUGUGGCGUCAGGGCUCGUCAUCAAUGUGAGAUGUUGUCCACUGGGCUAAGGAAGCUUGGGCUUGAAGACUUGGGCCAUCCAUGCUCAUAUGUUAUCGAAUGUGAAGAUUUCGCAUUUUGCUUUGUCCUGUGUAAACCAAGCAAACCUGUUGUACAAAUCAUGAAUAUAUGUCCCUGUGAAAUUGAAUGCCAAAUAAAUUUUCCCAAAGAAAUUCUAAUUGCAAACUCUGUAUUUUUAUAUUUUUUUAA